AUGCUUAUCUUUAGUUUAAAGCUCAUCUGGUUAUUCGAUUCCAAAUAUAUAAUAAUGUUUGCCUGGUUUAUGGAUUUGAUCACUUUUAUUGUUGUAUUGCUCGACAAAAACAUAUCCAAGUCAGUCUCCUGUGUUCAUUUUUUGGAGAAAGUGCUGAGUAUUUCAUUUAAAGUAAAUUUCACAAUUUUUUAUGAUCACAGUAGUUAUUCAUUUUGA